GCGUGCGUUAUCAUCCGGGAACUGUGCCAGUGGUAUGAGGCGCGCGGGGGUUGUACUCCGCUUUGAAAUUUUGUGUUCCCGCUGCAAACGAGUCCGUUUCUCAACCCACAGAUGAACUGCUGGGGUUGAGAUCAGCGCAGCAUGCCUGUCGUGCGGCGCACCAUGGCCCCUCUAGAGGAGCGCCGUCGCUGGAGUCCCAGUGGCCGUCGUGGUCACGGGGACCCCCUCUCCUCCGUGGUGCAUUACAACCAGGAUGUGAGGACACGGAGCCGAUGUCUUAGGCUGCCUCCAAAUGAUGUAAACACUCCUUGCAAAGCAAAGAAACGGCAUGAGAAACCACAAUUCAAGGUCCCAUGCAAAAACAGAAGCCCAGUGGUCAGAGAAGAUAAGCUCCAACAGAGGAAAAAGAAGAGGCGGAGAGAAGUGUGUUGUGACAGCAGUGACAACUUCAUCAGUAACAUUGUCCAGCAGGGAUGUCUAAAGAGCAGGAAUCUGGAGACCAGAAGUAAGACUGUGGAGGAAACCACUGAGUCAAUCCCAGCCGAUGCACUCUUCUCUCCAGCUUACCAGCUUUUUGAUGGAAGUGAGGGUAAGGAGGGCUUUCAGAGCAAUGCUGUCGUUGAUGGCACAGUCAGCUGUGACGUCGAGUCUCUUCCCAUCGAUGAGUUGGAAGUAUGCAGGCUGGCAGACAUGCGUCAAGAUGUAGUUCUCGACCCUGCCUACCCAGAGCAUAGCAAUGCACAGUGUCCCUCACCUGAGGAAGGUAGAGUAGCUGAGGAAUGGGACACCUUUGACCCGUACUAUUUCAUCAAGCAUCUUCCCCCGCUAAGUGCCGAAAUGCGGGCACGCUGUCCAGCUCUGCCACUUCGAACACGCAGCAGCCCAGAGUUCUCUCUUGUGUUAGAUUUGGACGAGACACUCGUGCACUGCAGCCUUGUGGAAAUGGAGGAUGCUACUUUCACCUUUCCAGUUACUUUUCAGGGAGUGGAAUACAAGGUGUUCGUGCGUACCCGACCGUUCUUCCGUGAGUUCCUUGAGCGUGUGUCCAAGAUCUUUGAGGUUAUCCUGUUCACGGCUUCCAAGAAAGUGUAUGCUGACAAGCUUCUCAACCUACUUGAUCCAGAGAGAAAGCUUAUCAGGUAUCGACUGUUUCGAGAGCAUUGUGUCUGCGUAAGUGGGAACUAUAUCAAGGACCUCACCAUCUUGGGCAGAGAUCUGGCCAAGACUAUCAUCAUUGACAAUUCUCCACAGGCCUUUGGUUACCAGCUUGAGAAUGGCAUUCCCAUUGAAUCAUGGUUCGUGGACAGGAGUGAUAGGGAACUGCUGAAGCUGCUUCCAUUCCUGGAAAGCCUCGUUGCUAUGAGAGAUGAUGUAAGGCCUCACAUCUGCAACAAGUAUCACUUGGCUAGCUUCCUCCCACCGGACUAGAGACCACUCUCCGCAUAUCCUUACCCACCUCUGCAGCUGGAUAGACCACCACGUUCAUCUAAUCAACAGGGGGUCUUCACUGGUUUUUAUGAUGCAUGACAGGAAUACUGCGCAUGUUUUCAGCUGCUUUCAUUGCAUUGUUAUCAUUCUCAUUGGUGUCAGUUGCCAAGUGCCAGUCUUGGUACCUUCUGUCCUCAGCUGCAUCUACCUUUGUAUUGGGACAGUGUACAAAAAUUUAGAAGCACUAAUUAAGAUACGGCUACACAACUCAAAAGAUGCUAAGGUUUUGCGACUGCAAAGCAUAACUCUCACACGGCAGAAAUCAGCUUAACCGCCUUGUGAUUACUCUUCAGACAGCUUCCUUACAUGAACCAUGGCAUAUCAUCCCGCAGGUGCACAACAUUGGUAAGGUCCACGUAAAAGUUACUAAUCAUCAGGGAACAAAUGCUUUACCUGUUCGACUUUCUGCCAGUAGUUGCACCACUGUUAACACACACGAAAAAGUAGUUAAGACACAUGGAUCAUUUACCUUCCGUUCAUUUCAAGCCCAGUCUGUCACAAGUUUCUAACUAUUUUGAAUGCAUAUUUCUGCAAGUAAAUUUAAAUAGUUGAUACAUUUUCACUGAUGAGUGGUGAAAACACAUGAUGAUGGCAUCACAUGUAAAUCACAUCAAUUGAGACGCUCCACCAUGAUAUGGUUGCUACCCAGGGCACUCUUCAAGAAUACUACAGCAGGACUGAGCAGAUUGCAACCCCACAAUUUUUGACUCUCACUCUUUUUUGAUAGAAACAUUUGUAUGUUGCUAUUGUUUUCAAAUGAAGAGAGCUGAUAAAAUUCUGUAAUGUGAAUGGUUGCAUUAAACAAAGCAGAGAAGACAGCA